AUGUCCUCCACGGUCAACAACGGGGCGGCCAGCAUGCCCUCCCCACCGGACGCGGCGAACGGCUUCCCGCAGCCCGGCGCCUCCUCGGGGGCCUGGCCGCGGACGGAGGAGGAGUUGCGCGCCGCCGAGCCGGGCCUGGUGAAGCGCGCGCACCGCGAGAUCCUGGACCACGAGCGCAAGCGGCGCGUGGAGCUCAAGUGCAUGGAGCUGCAGGAGAUGAUGGAGGAGCAAGGGUACUCAGAGGAGGAGACCCGGCAGAAGGUCAGGACUUUCCGGCAGAUGCUGAUGGAGAAGGAGGGAAUGCUCACCAGGGAGGACCGACCUGGGGGCCACAUCGUGGCGGAGACCCCGCGGCUGCUCGAGGGCGCGGAGCCGGGCCUGGAGUACGCGCCCUUGGACGAGGACGACGGCCCGGUGGACUGCGACUGCCCGGCCGCCUGCUACCGCGGGCACCGGGGGUACAGAACCAAGCACUGGUCCAGCAGCUCCGCGUCGCCCCCUCCCAAGAAGAAGAAGAAAAAGAAAGGCGGCCACCGGCGAAGCCGCAAAAAGAGGAGACUGGACUCUGAGUGCAGCUGUGGCAGCUCCUCACCCCUGCGCAAGAAAAAGAAAAGCGUGAAGAAGCACCGCAGAGACAGGUCUGAUUCCGGGUCCCGGAGGAAGAGACGACACAGAUCUCAAAGCCCCAAGAGCAAAAGAAAAGAGAAGAACAAAGAGAGGAAGAGGCCACACGGGGAGUCCCCAGGUCGGAGGUCCAAUCGCCACAGCAGCGGCAGCUCCCAGAGCCCCUCCCUCUCCUCCCGUUACAGCGAUUCCAGAUCGCCCAGCAGGCUGAGCCCCAAGCACCGAGAUGACGGGCGGAAGACAGGCAGCCAGCGGUCCAGCGGGAGCCGGUCGCCCUCCCCGUCUGGCGGCAGCGGAUGGGGGUCACCCCAGCAGAACGGCGGCAGCAGACAGCGGAGCGGAGCGCACGGGGGCCGCCCCGGCUCGGCGCACAGCCCGCCAGAUAAGCCCAGCUCGCCCUCGCCCAGGGCCCGCGACCAGGCGGAGGCCGGCGCAGCCACGCCGCCCGCGCGGGGCAAGGAGAGCCCGAGCCCGCGCUCGGCGCCGUCGUCUCAGGGCAGAGGAGCUGAGACCAAGGAGCGGCCCCCGCGCGCCCGGCCGGCCAGCACCUCCCCGUCCCCGGGCGCGCACGGCAGGCACGGCGGCCCGGAGGGGAAGAGCUCGUCGCGCAGCCCGGGCCCCCACCCGCGCUCGUGGAGCUCCAGCCGCUCGCCCUCCAAGUCCCGCUCGCGCUCCGCGGAGAAGAGGACCCGCAGCCCCAGCCGCUCGCCGUCGCCCAAGAAAACCCUGGGCCGGGACAAGGACGGCGAGGGCCGCGCGAGGCACGCCGAGGCCGAGGCCGCCCGCGCGCGGCGCCGCUCCCGCAGCUACUCGCCCAUCCGCAAGCGGCGCCGGGACUCGCCCAGCUUCAUGGAGCCGCGGCGCAUCACCAGUGCGCGAAAGCGUCCCAUCCCCUACUACCGGCCCAGCCCCUCAUCCUCCUCCAGCUGCCUGAGCAGCGACUACUCAAGCCGGAGCCCCAGCCACAGCCCCAGUCCAGGCCACAGCCAUGGAAGCUACAGCAGCCGCAGCCGUGGGACCCGCAGCCGCACGCGCAGCCCCUCCCGGACCCCCAGUCCCAGCUACCACAGCCGGAGCAGCUCAGAGAGUGGGGGCUUCUGA